AUGGAGUCCGUCACCACCCUAACUGCCGACAUCACAGGCUUCACCACGGACAUCGACAUCAUCGUCCAGGCCCUCGAAGACCGGAGCCGAUAUUUCAGAUGCCCAAUCCCUGUCAUCUACAUCCACUUCACCCACCGAAUGAGAUGGAUGCACCUCAGAUACAUGAUGGACUGA